AUGACAUUUUGGGAUAAAGCCCGUUCACUACUCGAUACGGGCAACCGAGUCGAUGAGCCGUUCUCUCGAGUCAAGGAGGAUGGAAAACGUACAGUAACUCAGGGCAAAGCGACAUACGAGAAAAAAUCCAAGACUUCUUUUUGGAAGAAGUUAUGCGAUACAAAAAGCGAAGAUUUCGAUUUGUUUGACAAUGGGCCCGACCGCAUAGAGGUGUACCGCUUUGAAAAGGCCAAUGAAUUUCUGUGUGCCCGAGACGCAACGAGUAUAACGCAUGUGGAACGUGCGGCGCGGUACCUCAGGCGACCCGCAACUGCUUUACUGUCCGAGUUAUUGGCCGUGCCGCGGGUUCUAAUAGGCGUGCCGGUUGCGAUAGUAUUGCAGAUUGAAAGGUGCUUAUUAUCGGGAGCGCGCAGCAUUAUGACGGGUGCUCUACAGGCCGCGUCGGAUCAGUUGCUGAAGCCGACACUAGCGUUAGCAUUCAAUGCGAUAGUGCAGCCGCCUUUAGUAUUCGCAACGCAAACGGCCAGUGCGCUACGCGGCGUGGUGCGUCCUCUCACACUUGCACUUACUGACGUUCUUGAGCCAUUCACGCACUUGGUCUCUUCACUGCGCCUCGUCCAUAUCGAACGUCGAUGUUCAUGUACUCAGCAAGUGUGAUCAUUUUAUGUAAUCUUUCUCGCCACAUAUAUCAAAUGAU